CAACUUCAUGUCAUUCAUCUCAUCUUGUCGAUAUCGUACUCAAUGAUUUUAGCGUUUUAGUGAAAAUUUUCUAUAUUAUUUUAGUUUAUUUUUAGUUGGAAACUAACAAAAGGCUUAAAAAUGGCUUUGCGAACUUACGGUGAUAAGCCGAUAAGCUUUCAAAUAGAAGAGGGAGGAGAAUUUUAUUGUGUCGGCUCAGAGGUCGGCAACUACCUGCGGUUAUUCCGCGGGUCUCUAUACAAGAAGUACCCUGGUAUGGCACGCCGUACCUUGACCAAUGAUGAAAGGAAACGUCUCAUUGACAAUGGCCUAGGAGCUCACGUACUUUCCAGCUCGGUAUCACUCCUCAAAGCUUCCGAGGUGGAAGAUAUUAUUGAGGGCAAUGAUGAUAAGUAUGUGUAUAAGGCAGUGUCAGUGAGCCAAGAACUGGCAACCCCAAGGGAGAGCAAGAGCAAGAAACCACACAACCAGUCAUGGCUGCCUGUAAUGCCAAACUCUUCGCAUCUAGAUGCAGUACCACAAGCCACUCAAAUUAGCCGAACUAGAGUUCAUAAUAAGAAGGUGCGCACAUUCCCGCUAUGUUUUGAUGACACAGACAUGACAGCGAUGCUGGAGAACUCCUCUCAGAAGCAGAUACUGGUGCCCAUUAGGUUGGACAUGGAAAUUGAAGGACAGAAACUGAGAGACACAUUCACAUGGAAUAAAAAUGAAUCAAUAAUAACUCCAGAGCAGUUUGCGGAGGUUCUAUGUGAUGACUUAGAACUGAACACCAGUACCUUCAUCCCAGCGAUUGCUUCGUCUAUCAGGCAGCAGAUAGAUGCGUUCCCCAGUGACCCACCAGCCAUCUUGGAGGAACAGCCGGACCAGAGAGUUGUGAUCAAACUGAACAUACAUGUUGGGAACACUUCGCUUGUUGAUCAAGUGGAAUGGGACAUGUCAGAGAAGGAGAACAAUCCGGAACAGUUUGCAAUGAAGCUGUGUGCUGAGCUGGGUCUGGGCGGAGAGUUUGUGACCGGGAUAGCAUACAGUGUCCGUGGUCAACUCAGCUGGCAUCAACGGACGUAUGCAUUCAGUGAGGCACCAUUGCCUGUUGUAGAGACCCCGUACCGCCAGCCAUCGGAAGCAGAACAAUGGGCGCCCCACCUCGAGACCCUCACUAAUGCGGAGAUGGAGAAGAAGAUCCGCGACCAGGACCGCAACACUAGACGCAUGCGACGACUCGCCAACACUACGCCCGAUGUGUCGUUGAGUCGCGCCGUGAACCGACUGAUCCGAGCCGACGAAGCUCUCUUCCAAACCACUCCGGAAAAGAGAAGGAAAAAGAUAUAAUUCGUCCUACGGUAUCGAAGAAACUGCUGUGUCCUACUAAAGAAAUAUAUAGGUUUAUUUUUAUUUUUUUCUCUUUUUUUAUUCUAGGUUCUCUCACAACCCUACUCAGAGUCGUUUAUUGGUUACUAGCUCAUUUUACCACUCCAUCUGUGUAGGAUAACAACUUAGGCAGUUUUUGAAACAUUAUAAUAUAGUCUAUAUUAUUUAAUAAAGAUUUUAAAGAUACAGUUUUUUAGUGGUGAAGGAUUUUUUAAAUCGGUCGAAUUUUUAUGUGAAGUCAUUACGAAAGUAUAUACUAAAAUACGAAUGUUUCCUACCUGUAAUAUUAGGUAGUAUAUAUUUAAGUCAUUCCUGAGCAAUAUUUUUCGAAACUAUAAGGUUACAUAAUACUAAAGAACAGUUUCAGUAAUGAUUAAAUAUCUCUGAGUAAGACAGUUACAUUUUUAAAAUGAUAAACUUCUAAAUAAUAAUAAACAAAACUAAUACAAUAGUGUAAGCAUGAAAUAUUGUCACAAAUAGGAAGUUUUUUAUAUUGUUUACGGGACACUUUAGAUGCCAGGCCUAAAGCAUAUUUCGGGACUUAGUAAGUAUAUACAGGCCUAUGAGGCCUUGUUUAGUCUUGAUAGACUAUAGUUAUUACGUAUUUUUCUGUUUUCUAAAUAAUUAGAAAAGCUAUUGAGAUUUUUUAUGUACCAUUCCAUGUACGUACUAUUUUGUUAAGACGGGCUCGAUUUAAAAUUACUUAUAAUAUGAUUUCUUCAACUUACCAUUUAUGGUUUUAAAGAGAUGAUUAGCUAACAGUAAACAUAAACACAUUAUUCUUAAAACAUAGAAAAGUAAGUAAUUUGACAAAAUAACCUCAGCGCAAAAUGAAAUGCGCAAAAUUGAUGCAGUGAAAGAUUUUUGCGCAACUAUUUUUACAUUUCUAUAAUUCAGAUUAUUGUAAUCGGACAUUUAUUGAAAUCUAUUAAUAUGACAUUAUGCAUUUAUAAUAUACAAUAGCUUUAUAUGUUACAGACUAAGCUAGUAUUUGAGAUUUUUUCAGUAAGAAUGUAAAGUUGAACUUAAACUUCUAUUUGGUUGUAAUUCUUUGUUAUUAAUUGUCUGUGAUUAAUAAUAAUUUUAUUAUUUUUCCUAUUAAGGUUAAUUUUGAAUAAGUGGAUAAUUCUUUUUUUUAUAUAAUUUAGUCUUUAAGUGUCUACAAAAUUAAAAUGCUUUUUAUAAGAUUUUGAAAUUAGAGUUCAUAAAAUAGAAGAUCUGAUUACUUUUUUUAUAGCUCGGUUUUCGUGCUCUCUUGUGUAACCGUGAACUAAACGUAAAAAGGUUUUUAUAAUCAUAUUCAAUGAGGCGUUUUACGCAAUGUUGCCAGAUGAUCGUAAAAAUAAUUCUCCCUAGUUUAUUGGUAAUAUUAUGAAAGGUAUUACAGAAUCGUUAAAAUCAUUAUCGUUCUUUUACGGAAAAGGGACGACGGUAAUGGUCCUGUCUGGCUUCAUAGCUCUAUUGUACCAUUCUGGAUUUUUAACGUAAAUAUGUAAAGCUUAGAUUGUAGCUGCGUAUGUAUCUUGGAAACAAUAAAUGAUUACUUAUAAUUAUUUUGUUUGA